AUGUCUCCAAUAAAAGAAAUGAGGCUGGCCUAUGUGUCUCCGAAUAAGGACAACGUUUUUACCGACGGUGACACUGUUACGGGCACGCUGAGUUUCUCUCUGACAGAGGACACCAAAGUCAAGAGCCUCGGCGUAAAAGUCGCAGGGCGCGCGCACGUGAGCUGGCAUGAGGGGACCGGAGAUCGCAGGAGAAGCUACAUUGCAAACAGGGAGUACUUUAAGGUCAAAGUGAAGUUUGUGGAAAAAACCUCCGAUGGUAAGAUGAUCAAAUGCUUUCAUAUGCAAAAAAAAGAGGUUUAGGUGACCUUAUAGACACUUACCCAUUUUCCAUAUUCCGUUUAUCAUGUUUUAUAAGUUCAUUUAUACAGGCAUUUCUUUGUCAAAACCUCAUGAAAACAGCAGCACAGUGGAUCAAGAAAAUCCUUUGCUUUAUGAGUGGAAUUCCUUUUCUUGUUUAUACCUGCAUGUGGAUUUAUUUACAGUAUCAGGACCAGAGCCGGCCCAAGCCUCAAUGGGGCCCUAAGCUAAAUUUAAUUUUGGGGCCCCUUUAUUUCUGUCAGUAAUAUUGAUUGUUGAUCAUUCACGCACUUUCACAAAUCUCUUUAUCAUUCCAUGACAUGCAAACAUACGUUUAUCUUGGCAUUUUUUCUCUUCUUCCUCUUUCUUUUCCCUGCUUCUUAAGCAUAUGUCCUUUUUUGCGACACUGUUUUGCCCUACAACUACCUGCGUUUUGGAUGCUCAGUGCACAUUGCACAGCAGAAGGCACAUAAUGCUAGCAGAGCUUUGACAUAUUGGCAGUAAGAAUCAUAGGCCUACAUGAUCAGCAGCAGUGUUGUUUCGUCAACGUCAUCGUCCACAGAAAACAACACUGCAGAAUAUAUGUGUAGCAUUUGACUGACAAAUGCCUCAUGAAUUUUGCAACUCUGUUCUUCCACCACCAAUGUUUUCGUCUCGUCUCGUCUCGUCUCGUUAACCUAAACGCACAUUCGUCUCGUCACAUUUUAGUCAUCUAAGACUUAUGUUUAGCUUAUCUACGUCAUCGUCGUGGGAAAAAAAAUGGUGUAGACGAAAUAUUUUCAUCAACGAAAACAACACUGAUCAGCAGCAGCACUACAAUGUUUUUACUUUAUUUUAUAUUUACAAUAAUAUGUAUUUGAUCACACAGGAAGCAUCACUCAUACAUGCAAAAAAAUAUAUAUAUUUAAACAUUUUAUUUAUUUAUUUUUUAUUGCAGGCGCUUAGUUCACUUAUGCCUUGGGCCGUCUCUGAUCAGGACCUUUAACCAGCAAAACAAACUUAGGCUGAAUACAUAAAUCAAUCUUUUGAAGGUGUCACACACUUUCAUAAGUGCAACACACACACCACAAACCCUCUAUAGGGCUCUGAAAUUUGAGCUUAUCAUUUGUUUUUCUUGCAGGCACUGUGCUUCCAAAAGGGGACCAUUGCCACAAAUUCAGUCUUAAAAUCCCACACGGGUAAGUGGUCAUUUUAAUCGAAGUUUUAUAUGAGUGUUUUUGUAUGCUUUCACAUUAAAGCAUUUCUGAGCAGGUUGUUUUUUUGUUUUGUUUUUUAGGAACCUACCAUCAUCCUUUAAAGGCUUUCAUGGAUAUGUCACCUACAAGCUUGAAGCAAAGAUGUGCAGAAGCUGGAAGUUGCCAACGACUGAACAUGUGGAGCUCAAAUUUGUAUCAAGGCCCACUUUGAAUAUUGGCCAGGUGAUAUCAUUGUAUUAUUUUUUUCAAUCAACAUGUAUGCUUUGAAAUAGCUGGCUAAAAUGGUAAAAAUGAGUUAGACAGCAGAAAAAAAAGAAAGAGAAGUGUUGAACAGUUUUUCUGCAGAGAGUUUAUGGAUAUGAAGUCUUUCACAGAGGAAAUUUUGGUAUUAUUAUAGCCGAAAUAAAACAGAGAACAGGAACGUAAGAAGAAAUACACCAAAAAUGAUACUCGAAAGUAAAUCUGAUAAUCAAAUGAGCAGCUAAAUGGCUGCAACCACAAACAGGAAUUUCCUGUUUGAUUAAACUGAACCAAACAAUACGCCUAUUAUGGUGAAAGAGGAGCAGAGUGCCACAGAUACAUUUUUUACUCACAGUGUUGCUCAGCUACAUAUUUAUUCUGAUAAGCUUGGAUUAAUACAGAGGUAAUAGUGUUGACUCUAAAGAGUGUUGUCCCAAACAAGAAUGCAUGAUUUCAAAGGUCAACUCUGUGAAGACUUGCAAAAACACAUUCACGCGCGCACACACACACACACACACACACACACACACACACACACAUGAUGAAAUGAAAUGAUGUUUUGUUUGUGGGAUUUGUUCUAGAGCCCCAUUUCCGGUUCUGUGGAAAAAGGAGAUGUCCAAAUGACUGCUACUGUUGACAAAAGUCUUUGCUCCCCAGGUAACCAAUUUACAAAGAAAGACAGAUAUGUCAAAGAAUUUAGGUUGCUUAUUAUAUGUCAAAACAAGUUUAAACAACAUUUUUCAUUUAUUCUUGUUGACCUGUAGCUUUUAUGUGUGCUAAAUCAACAUUUUUUAAGCCGCAUGUAACAUAAAUAUUAGCUUUUUUAAAUUUCUAUUAAUGUAGUAAUGGUUUUGAGCAUUUAUUUUGUCUUUCGUCUUGAAAGGUGAUACUUUUUCCGUUGUUGCCAAAAUCUGCAACAACUCCUCGAAGAAAAUGAAGCCCAAAUUCAACUUGAUACAGAGAAUUAUCUACCGCGCCAGAGCCUCCAGUAGGCACAGCUACCUAAGUCAGUGCAAAAUUGUCGGAGAAACUAUCUCAUCAAAAUCGACAGAAACUGCCUCUUGCCAGCUGAGGGUUCCUUAUGAAUGCACCUACACCAUGAACAACUGUGAGAUCAUCACAGUUGAAUAUCUUAUCAAGGUAUGUACUUUUGUUUUGGAUGAAAUCAUUGCUGUUGAAUGAAAUGUUGUCACUGCAAUUGUAAUUGUAACAUUUGUUGGCAGCUCACCGUCACCGUAGUUCAUAUUACCCACCUCUGUGUUUCUGUAGGUGUAUUUGGACAUCAAGUUUGCCAUUGAUCCAGAGAUUGUGUUGCCAGUGGUUAUUGCUCCUGUAAAAUUGGCUUCCCAUUUUAAUGAGGCUAUGGGGCCAUAUCCAGCUGGGCCUGCUGUGGCCCCGAGUUACAGCGACUUCCCUCCACCAUCCUUCCCCAUGGGGCCGAGCCAUGUACCUGCAGGUCCAAGCGCUCCCUUCCCGCCUGGUCAAACACAGGGGCCUUACCCUGCGUUACCCUCUUUUGGACCUUAUCCUGCACCCACAGCUCCGAGUGCUUAUGGAUACCCAGCACCAGUCCCCAAUCAGCCCGCACCAACAGCAAGUGGCUAUACACAGUGGCCACAACAGCCUCCACCAUAUGGCUAUCCUCCUGUAGCUUUCCCUCCAUCUUCAGUGCAGCCGCAAGCCCCUGCUGCUCAACCUCCAUUUCAGGAGGAGGGAGACCCACCAACCUACAAGUCCCUUUUUUCCCCUCCUCUAUAA